AAAAUUCAAUCUGGAUUGUUGUUUUCUUCUCCGCGCUUUCCAAUUCUAAACAAAAAUAGCAUCUAAUAUUAUUAUGAAAGAUAGGUUCACGUUUAUUCCAAGCUUAAAUAAUGCAUUCCUCCGAAUAAAUUACCUUGUGCUGAGGGUAAACUACUUGUAAACAAAUGAAACAUAAGCGCGGAUAUUACGACAUCUUUGUACGAACUUGUGCUAAACACCCCUCAAGAGUUGCCGUAACUCUGUACAAGGAUGGCACGUACAAGAAUUACACGUACUCUGAGUUGUACGGCGUGUGCGAAUGUAUCACCCAGAACAUUCAGCAAUUUCAGAACAAGAGAGGUGUAAUCGGUCUUAUAUCGAAGAGGAACAUUCUGAUCCCAUGCGUUGUAGCCGCAGCCCACAAAUGCUGUACAACAUUCAUGUUUCUUGAUCCUAUGCAAGAUAUAGAUAAUGUAAUUCAAAAUGUCAAAUUCACAAUUUUUAUCAUCGUCAAAGAUGCAGAAACAGGCUCAACAUCUGAGCUUUUUGGAAAGAAGCCAGAUAAAACUAUUGAGGUGUUUGACAUGGUUGUGGAUUUCUUUAAUCAAGAACAUAGUUUACAAAACAAUUCCUUUGUGGCAGAACAUUCAUUUAUCGCACAGACUUCUGGUAGCACUGGACAACCUAAGCACAUUGAAGUCCCAGUUCAGAGCAUACAGCCAAAUGUUAAUGAUCUUACCAAAAUGUUUAACAUUACUGAAGAUGACAUCAUUUACUUUUCCACACCACUCACUUUUGAUCCAUCAAUGAUUGAAAUACUCCUAGCUUGCAUGAAUGGGGCUUCACUUCUCAUUGCACCAGAAAAAGCUGAAGUAUUAUUCCCUUCAAACAAGCAAAAUUCUAUAACUGUCUGGCAAACUACACCCUCUAAAUUUUUCCAGUACUCCAAUGCUGAUAUCAAAAACAAAAUUUUGAGUGCAAACUCGACUCUAAAAAUACUAGCUUUAGGGGGAGAGCCACUGAAUGGAAUGAAAAGGUUGAAGGAACUGAAAGAUAAGAACAAUAAAACAAGAAUAUUCACCCUGUAUGGAGUGACUGAAAUGUCCUGCUGGGCCAGCAUGGCAGAAUUAGACCUGGAGAAAAUCCAGACUGAUAGGGAGAUUCCACUUGGUAAUUGUCUGUCAGAGACACAAAUUGUGGUAGAACCCAUUGAUAAGGCCAACAAAGUUGGAGAAAUUAUAUUAGUGAGUAAAACAAGACGGUGUGUUAUAUUAAAUAAACAUAAUAGAGAGAGUCCUAUAAAAAUUGACACAGGUGAUUUGGGAGAAGUGAAGCAUGGCACCAUAUAUUAUCGGGGCCGAAAAGAUGACGUCAUAAAGAGAUUUGGAAACAAAGUAAAUUUACAAUUGAUUGAAUCUACAAUCAUGCUGUGUCCACGAGUUAAGACCUGCUCCUGCCUAUGGCUACCUAAACCUAUGCUACUAGUGGUUUACUUCUCCUCAGAGAUGCUCAGCAGUCGGGAACUCUCAGACUUCCUUAAAUGCAAACUAGACGACAAGCAUUGGCCAGACAAGAUCGUACGCGUGGACAACCUUCCCACUAACCCACAUGGAAAAGUUUCCAAAUUAAUCCUCUCCAGAAUGUUAGAAAGCUCAUCAAAUUUAUUGCCCGGAGUGAAGUCUAUAUUCUUAAAAGAACUGAAUGAAACAUUUAACAAGAACUUUAGUUAUGAUUCUAUUAAAAACAAAGAUUUCUUUUCACUAGGUGGAACAUCAUUUCUCGCUGUCUCAAUGUGUAACAAAAUUUCUUUAAGUUUUCCAAAGCUAAGUAAGUUCAUUCUGCCGCAUUUGCUAACAGAUACUAAAUCAAUUGAUGAGAUAUUGGAAUUAUCUAACAAGGAAUUUAAAAUGGAUAAGAAGGUAUCAAGUAGAAAGGGCAAACGAGCCAGAUCGAAUACCGGGACGUACAGCUCCAAACGUGCGAGUGUGUGCCCCUCGCACGUGGACGACUUCAUCGUGCUGUGGACUCACGACACCGGCAAGUGUGUCGAUGCAUCGCCAUCUUUGUUUCUGAGUGGACACAAAAUGUUCGUAACAGUCGGCAGCCACUCCGGCAAGAUCAUUGUAGCCGACGCUGUAACCGGCAUCUUACAAGGGCAGAUGCAGAUAAAGUCGCGCGUCGAAGCCUCAGUGUUGUGCUACAGCCAGCCGCCCAUCCCGCCUCUGGGCGUCGUCGGGGCCCACGAUGGAACUCUCGUCUGUUUCACUCUCGAAAAUUGCAAAGAGAUAUGGAUGGUCAAACUUCCAUCGAUGAUAAAAAGUAAAGCUGUGUGCUGCAAUGGAUUCGUGUACGUCGCUGCCUACGAUGGAAACAUACGAUGCAUUAAUGUCACGACGGGCAGUAUCAAGCAGACAAUCACAAUAACCCAGGAAGGAAUUUCGGCGGACCUCGUCCUAGCCAAGAAUCAGUUCGUUCUCGUAGGCACGCUGUCCGGGGUCUGCGCUUGCGUUCACACGGAGACCAACGCGGUGGUGUGGCGCGGCUCGCUCGGUAGCCCCGUGUUCGCGAGCCCGGUGCUGUACGACGGGGACAAGUACGUGGUGUUCGCGGAGGUGAGCGGCGAGAUACACUGCCGCACAGUGGAAAAGGGAAUCAAGAUAUGGAAAUAUCAAGGCGCAAAAGGAAACAUCUUCUCGUCACUUUACAUAAAAGAAACAGACCACUUGAAAUGGCAAGUUGUGUUUGGGUGUCACGAUGAAAAGGUCUACAGCAUCAAUAUAAAGAACUUCCAGCCAAGUUUGCAUUGGAAGGUGCAGUUGGAUUCCCAAGUGUACUCCACUCCAUGCAGUAUAGGGGACAAGAUAGUUGCAGUUUCCAAUAAUGGAAGAAUUUGCAUCAUGGAUUCUCGUAAUGGGAGCAUAGAGUCAGAUUACAUGCUUCCUGGCGAAGUGUUUUCAUCACCCGCUGUGUAUGGUGAUUAUAUUUUCAUUGGUUGUAGGAAUGAUAAUGUGUACUGCCUGAAAUACACUCGUGACUUGACUACUCCCCAUGACUUUCGUGUACCUGAAUGAAAUAUAUUUGUGAUAUUACUUGUAAAUGCUAAUAUUCAAAUAAUUAAACAAAAUGCCUUGUA